CAGGGACGCCGAGCGGCCGCGGAUCUUUUUCCGCCGCUUACUAAUGGUUUUACGCCACCGCAUGUUUAGAUAAACAGCAGCCAUCAGCCAUGUGUAUCACCAGUUACGCGUGUUCGCUACGAGUUGGUCGCUAUCCUUGACCUAAAUGUACAUAAAGUAGGUAGAAAAGUAUCAUUUUAAAAAACCGUGGGGCGUAUGAGUGUAGUUAAUUACUACAGUGGUUAACGCAGAGACCUGUGAAGGAUUGACGCCUGAAUCCGGUGUUGCUUAGUCGCACACGUGUGCAGUGACACCCAGACCUUCUGCUUUAAUCCAAGAGGACUUGUGAACGUUCACCAUGGCUGAAGACACACUGAUGCUGAAUAUGACUUUAACCCCAGCUGUCCACAAGCACAAGAAGCGGCACACACCGUUCAGGACCUCGGACAAAUGGAAAAUGAGAAAAGCAGAGAAGCGGAAAGCUCUGCAGGGGACACAAAAAAGCCCCCCCUUCAAAAAGACGUGCAUCACUCCCGAAAAGAAACCUGCCCACACUGACCAGCAGCCACCACAUCAGGGUCAGACGCCCCCAAAAAAAAGGAACUUCAAGAGUCUGCCGCAGAACCAAGGGGGGGUUGAAAAAUGUAGCCCGAAAUUGCCAAAACCCCCUAAGGUCAGUCAGAAGAGUCACCCAGAUGGCCAACAGAAAGAAGACAGAGAGCUCAUCAAGACCUCAUCCUUGUUCAAAAACAACCCAGAGAUCCCAGAGAUGCAGAGGCCUACAGUGACACAGCUAAGGGAGAAGGUCUUCACCAGUUGCUCCUUUGUUGAUCUUGAUCUCCAUCCACACUUGGUAUCAACUCUGAAUAAUGUCUUGAAGGUGACAAGCAUGACAAGUGUUCAGAAGCAGACGAUCCCCGUGUUGUUGGCAGGCCAGGAUGCGGUGGUCCGCUCCCAGACGGGGUCAGGUAAGACCUUGGCUUACGGGAUUCCGCUGGUUCAGUCUCUGCAGGCAGUCCAACCGAAAAUCAAGAGGGAGGAUGGUCCCUUUGCGGUCGUGGUGGUCCCCACCAGAGAGUUGGCACAGCAGAGCUUCCAGAUCAUCCAGAAGCUGCUGAAGCCCUUCACCUGGAUUGUGCCCGGAGUCCUCAUGGGAGGGGAAAAGAGGAAAUCUGAAAAAGCCAGGCUGCGUAAGGGCAUCAAUAUCCUGAUUGCCACUCCUGGCCGGCUGGUCGACCACAUCAACAACACGCUGAGCAUAGCUUUCAGCGCUGUGCGCUGGCUCAUUCUGGAUGAAGCUGACCGGACUCUGGACCUGGGCUUUGAGAAGGACCUCGCAGUGAUCCUGAAUGCCCUGAACGCCUCUGGCCCCCCCAGACAGAACGUGCUGCUGUCAGCCACCCUCACAGAAGGUGUUACUAGGCUUGUGGGGAUCAGUUUGAAGGACCCGGUGAGCAUCCACGCCUGCGAGGCCCCGGAGCAGAGGGGGGCUGAGGCGUCCGUGACGCUGCCCGACAGCUUCGCCGUCCCCGAGAAGCUCCAGCAGCACGUGGUCCUGGUGCCCAGCAAACUGCGCCUGGUCUGCCUGGCAGCCUUCAUCCUGGCCAAGUGCAGGUUCGAAGGUGCCCACAAGAUGGUCGUGUUCCUAUCGAGCUGCGAAGCCGUGGGGUUCCUGCUGCGCCUCUUCACCACCGUGCUUGCUGAGCGGGAGGAGCCCUCAGCCUCCCCGGAGGAGGAGGAGGAGGAGGAGGCGCGCCCCCUGCGCUUCCUGCAGCUCCACGGUGGCAUGGCCCAGGAGGAGCGGACGGAGGUGUUUCAGGAUUUCUCCGGGAGCACGUCUGGCAUCCUCCUUUGCACGGUGAGUCUGUUUCGAGAGCAGGGGGAGUGGGAACUGUAACAAAACCACAACCGAGAGGACGUCCUUUUGCUGUAGGUCAAGGAAACGCUGGCUGCCAGAGUCCAUCAGAUGAUGACUCCGUGUGAGGAGCAGCGUGGUCCUGCCGCAGUCGGCGGGGCGCGUGGGGGCAGAAUGGUGCCGCACCCUGGCACUGGGCCCUGCUGGCUGCUCA